CUGCAACUCCCGCCAUGCACCGGGGCUGAGUUUGGGGGCGGCAACGGGGGGGAAGGAAGCCCCGCUCCUCCUGCAGCGUCCUUAGCAACGGGAGGCCCGGGAGGAGAAAAGACGGGUUUGGUGCCGCCAUCAUCCUCUCAUCAUCCUCAUGGGGCAGGAUUACUACGCGGUGCUGGAGCUCACUCGCAGCGCCAAGGAUGCCGACAUCAAGAAGGCUUACCGCAAGCUAGCUUUGAAGUACCACCCUUAUAAAAACAAGGAGCCCUGGGCCCCAGAGAGGUUCAAGCAGAUUGCAGAAGCCUACGACGUUUUGAGUGAUCCGGUGAAGAAGGGUGUCUACGAUAAAUUUGCAGAAGAAGGCCUGAAAGGAGGGAUUCCCUUGGAGUUUGGGGUGGACACUCCCUGGACCAAAGGCUAUGUGUUCCAUGGAAAUCCGGAGAAGGUCUUCCGGGAGUUUUUCGGAGGGGACAACCCCUUUGCUGAGUUUUACACAGCAGAAGGGGCAGACGUGAACAUGGCCUUUGGGGGUCUACGGGGAAGGGGAGUGAAGAAGAAGGACCCGCCCAUCGAGCGAGACCUAUACCUAUCCCUGGAAGACCUCUUCUACGGAUGCACCAAAAAAAUCAAGAUUUCACGCAGGGUGAUGAACGAGGACGGCCACGCCUCCACCAUCAAGGACAAGAUCCUCACCAUCGAUGUGCAACCAGGGUGGAAGCAAGGGACCAGAAUUACCUUUCCAGAGGAGGGAGACCAGGGCCCCAAUAUCAUUCCCGCAGACAUCAUCUUCAUCGUGAAGGAGAAACUCCACCCCCGCUUUAAACGAGAGGACGACAACCUAAUCUAUGUGGCCAAGCUUCCCCUGGGCAAGGCUCUGAUUGGGUGCACGGUGGAUGUGCGGACGCUGGACGAACGGCUGCUCAACAUCCCCAUCAAUGACAUUGUCCACCCCAAGUAUUUCAAAGUCGUGCCCGGAGAAGGGAUGCCCAUCUCGAAAAACCCCUCCUGCAAAGGGGACCUCAUCAUGUACUUCGACAUCAUCUUCCCAGGGAGGCUCACCCCGGCCAAGAAGGAACUCCUCCACGAAGCUCUCUUGAGGUGAGGAACAGCACCCGGGCAGAAAAGCCGGCUCCAACUUGGCUUCUCUUCAUCCUUCUCAAAGCAAAUAUAAGUUCCUAUUUUAUCUUG